AUGGUGAUGAUCGUGGCAGUGACAGUGCUGGUGAUGAUGGACUUACAGGGGGGCUUGUACCCUGAAGGUUGGUGCCGGGUGCUGCCACACGAGAAGAUGUGCCUGCCCUCCCAGGGCCCAUGGGCGGCCACUGUCAGUCAUCCGAGGACAGCCUUUUUCCCUCCUCUUCUCUCUGUGGUGCUUUGGGGUGUCCUCCUGUGGGUUGGCUCCCUCCCCGAUCUGGCCCUGGGGGCAGGGACCUUCACCUUAGGGGUGCUGGGUCCCUGGGACUGUGACCCCAUCUUUGCCCAGGCCCUCCCUAGUGUGGCUGCCCAACUGGCUGUGGACCAAGCCAACUGGGAUUCCUCACUGGUGCUGGGUUCAAGGCUGGUUUCCGUGGUCCUCCCCACAGGCUGUGACACCCCUCAUGCCCUGGCCACGUUCCUGACCCACAAGAAUACCACAGCUGUUGUGGGCCCUGUCAAUCCCGGUUACUGCCAAGCAGCAGCCCUGCUGGCUCAAGGCUGGGGCAAGAUGCUUUUCUCUUGGGCGUGCGGAGCUCCAGAAGGAGGAGGUGAGCUAGUGCCCACCUUGCCUUCGGCUGCCCAUGUGCUGCUGUCUAUCAUGAGACACUUUGGCUGGGCACACGUGGCCAUCAUGUCCUCGGACCAGGACAUCUGGGUGGCUACAGCCCGGCAGGUGGCCAUGACUCUCAGGACACAUGGGCUGCCUGUGGGGCUGGUGACCUCUCUAGGACCCGGAGAGCAGGGGGCCACGGAGGUCCUGGAGCAGCUCUGCAGCGUGGACGGCCUGAAAAUUGUGGUGCUUUGCAUGCACUCGGCGCUCCUGGGAGGCCCGGAGCUGACCGCCCUGCUGAGCCAAGCAUGGACCCAGGGCCUGGCAGCUGGGAGGCUGGUCUUCCUGCCCUACGAUACCAUGUUCUUCGCCUUGCCCUACCGCAACCACUCCUACCUGGCUCUCAGCGACAGCGGACCCCUGCAGGAGGUCUACGACGCCGUGCUCACCAUCAGCUUGGAGUCUGGCCCUGUGGACAAGGCCUCUGAAGCUGCCAGGGCCAGUGGAGAGGUGGCCGCCUACCUGGAGCCAGAGCAGGUGUCCCCGCUCUUUGGGACCAUCUAUGAUGCUGUUGUCCUGCUGGCCCAUGCCCUGAACCGCUCUCAGAGCCAUGGUGCCGGGCUCUCAGGGGCCCACUUGGGGGACCACACAGGGGCUCUGAACGUGGCUGGCUUUAGCCAGAGGAUCCGGAUGGAUGAGAAGGGCAGGAGGCUGGCUCAGUAUGUGAUUUUGGACACAGAUGGUCGGGGAAGCCAGCUGGUCCCCACCCACAUUCUGGACACAGGCACGUGGCGAGCGCAGCCCCUGGACAGGGCCAUACACUUUCCAGGAGGGGCCCCUCUGGCACGUGACUCCAGCUGCUGGUUUGACCCCAAUAUGCUGUGCAUGAGAGAUACACAGCCCCUGGGCAGCCUCCUCGCUUUUGCUCUGGCCGGUCUCCUGGUGCUGGCCGGCGGGGCCCUCACUUGCCUCAUCAGAUUGGGCAUCCAACAGCUGCAGCUGGUGCGGGGCCCCCACCGGAUCCUGCCGACAGCCCGGGAGCUCACCUUCAUCCAACGGCCCCCAAGCAGACGGAGGCUGCACAUGGAGAGCGUGAGCGAAUCAAGGAGUGUGGUGGAUGGCGGGAGCCUGAGGUCGGUGGCCCAGGGGUCAGCCAGGAGCCUGCCAGCCCCCCAGGAGCCCGCCAAUGUGGCCCUGUACCAGGGAGAGUGGGUGUGGCUGAAGAGGUCUGAAGCCCCUGAGCUGCGGCCCAGCUGUCUCAGCCUCCUGAGAAAGAUGCGGGAGCUGAGGCAUGAGAAUGUUGCUGCCUGCCUGGGCGUCUUUGUAGCCACUGGGGUUAGUGCUUUGGUGCUGGAGCACUGUGCCCGGGGCAGCCUGGAGGACCUGCUGUGGAAUGAAGCUCUGCGGCUGGACUGGACCUUCAAGGCCUCUCUGCUGCUGGAUUUGAUCCGUGGCAUGCGGUAUCUGCACCAUCGGCAUUUCCCUCAUGGCCGCCUCAAGUCCCGAAACUGUGUGGUGGAUGGACGCUUUGUUCUCAAGGUCACUGACCAUGGUUAUGCGGAGCUCCUGGAUGUUCAGCGGGCUCCCCGCCCCCGGCCAGCCCCAGAAGAGCUGCUGUGGACGGCUCCGGAGCUGCUGCGGACGCCGGGGGCGCCUGGGCGGGGGACCCUCAAAGCAGACACCUUCAGCCUCGGCAUGGUCCUGCAGGAGGUGCUGACCCGAGGCCCACCCUACAGCUCCUCGGGGCUCUCCGCAGAAGAAAUCAUCAGUAGGGUGGCAUCACCCCGUCCCUUGUGCCAGCCCCUGGUGUCCGCUGACCAUGGGCCACCGGAGUGUAUCCAGCUGAUGCAGCAGUGCUGGGAGGAGGCUCCGGAGGACAGACCCAGCCUAGACCAGAUCUACACCCAGUUCAAAAGCAUCAAUCAAGGCAAGAAGACCAGUGUUGCUGACUCUAUGCUGUGGAUGCUGGAAAAGUAUUCCCAGAACCUGGAGGACCUGAUCCAGGAGCGGACUGAAGAACUGGAGCUGGAGAGGUAGAAGACAGAGAGGCUGCUCUCUCAGAUGCUCCCACUGUCUGUGGCUGAAGCUCUGAAAAUGGGGGCAGCUGUGGAGCCAGAGUACUUUGACCAGGUCACCAUAUACUUCAGUGACAUUGUGGGUUCCACCAUCAUCUCAGCCCUGAGUGAGCUCCUUGAGGUGGUAGGCUUGCUCAACGACCUCUACACACUGUUCAGUGCUGUUCUGGGAAGCCACGAUGUGUACAAGGUGGAGACCAUUGGGGAUGCCUACAUGGUGGCCUCAGGGCUGCCCCGGCGCAACGGGAGCCGGCACGCAGCUGAGAUAGCCAACAUGGCCCCGGACAUCCUCAGCUCUGUGAGGGGCUUCCGGAUGAAGCAUGCGCCCGAUGUGCCCAUUUACAUCUGGGCUGGCCUGCACUCAGGGCCCUGCGUGGCAGGGGUCGUUGGUCUCACCAUGCCCAGGUACUGCCUCUUUGGUGAUACUGUUAACACUGCAUCCCGGAUGGAGUCCACAGGACUGCCAUACAGAAUUCACGUCAGCAGAAGCACAGUCCAGACACUUCUCAGCCUGGACGAAGGCUACAGAACUGACAUCAGAAGCCAGGCAGAGCUAAAGGGGAAGGGUGUAGAGGAGACCUACUGGCUGGUGGGGAAGGCAGGCUUCCCUGGGUCCCUCCCCACACCUCUGGACAUCAAACCUGGGGAUCCCUGGCAGGACCUCAUCAACCAAGAAAUCAGGGUGGCAUUCGCCAAAGCGCGCCAGAGCGUGGCCAGGCCUAGGAGCUCGGGGAAGGCCUCACUGGGCCCUGAGAAGGGGAACAGAGCGGAGCAGGGGCCUGUGCCAGCCCGGAAGGUAGACAUUAUUCUCCCCUUAUUUUCGAUGAAGCUCUUGAGACUCAGUCCAAGGUUACCCAGCAAGCCAGGGGCAGAGCCAGACCUCGACUCCAAAGCCCCCACCACGUGCGCCACCCUACCUGCCUUGUUGGCCACGGCUGCACACUACAUGGAAAAAGCCGACGCGGACGCGGUGACGGCCUCACCCGCCAGUGACAGGGUGCGGCGCUUCUCCAAGGGCGGCCUGCUGACGGGCAGCACCAGCGCCACUGGGGGUUUGCACGAGCUGAAGCUUCUGGGCCCCACCUGGGACCUACUGAACCAGAGUCUCAAGGGUCCCUUCAGGCAACCAGAGAGUCACAGCCUCUCAGGUGAGGAAGACGACAUCAAUAAUCACACUGACCCAACAACCUCUACUCCACUCGGCUUUCCACAGUAUCAUCCCAACGCCUCAACGGUGAGGUGGCAGAAUGACGGUCCCAAGUACACAGAUGAGAAACUGAGCCUACGAGAAGAGAAUGACUUGCCCGAGAUCAAGCUCAGACUCCUAGACUCGGCCUUCGAGGCCUCUGGACUCAAUCAUCCUAUGUUCUCAUCUGCCUCCCAUCUGGUCUGGGAGCUCCACAAGGCGGAGCUGCGAAGCACUUUCUGGACAUCUGGCCCCUUGGACAAGGAUCUGGAAAAGGAAGCCGGCAACUACAGCAGAGGUAUCACCAAUAAAAACAGCAAGAAGUUACCUAACAUCCGCUGGUGCGGCGGCGCCGGCAACGGGAAAACGGGGCCAGGCCGGAUUUCCUCUGCGGACCUGCGGCUCCUAGAGCUCUCCCCCGACUCCCGCCCCUCCGGACCCCGCGGGGCCACGAGCUGCACGUGCGGCGGUCCGGGCGGCCUCGCCCGCCUAGCGCUUCCUUAG